AAAAAGUAUGCCUGGGGCAGGCGCCGAGCGGGUUGCUGUCGCCGCGGGAGGCGGAGACGCGGAGCACAGCCGACCACUUGCUUAGUCGCUCCGGACGCUCCUGGACGUGGCCCGCGGCAGCGAGGGUGCGAGUUCUUUCUGUCCCCCAGUGAAGGUGCAGGUGCAAAGCUGGAAGAGCCAUCUGCUCCCUUUCUCAACUCACCUCUUUCCAGGUGGAAGGAAGGAGAGAAAGGACAGGGGCACCUCUAGGACACUUCCCUACAGAAACCCUCUGAGUUUCAGAGAAGGAGAGUGACUUGUCCAGAGUCACACUAUUGGUGAACGCCAUGAUCCCCUGGGUGCUCUUGGCCUGUGCGCUCCCUUGUGCGGCGGACCCUCUGCUUGGUGCCUUUGCCCGCAGAGAAGGGCUCCAGAAGGGCUCCCCUCAGCUUGUCUGCAGCCUGCCUGGUCCCCAGGGCCCGCCCGGCCCCCCGGGAGUCCCAGGGCCCUCAGGAAUGGUGGGAAGAAUGGGCUUUCCCGGCAAAGAUGGCCAGGAUGGCCAGGAUGGAGACCGGGGAGACAUCGGAGAGGAAGGUCCACCUGGCCGGACAGGUAACCGGGGAAAGCCAGGACCAAAGGGCAAAGCCGGGGCCAUUGGGCGGGCUGGCCCUCGAGGCCCCAAGGGGGUGAGUGGUGCCCCGGGGAAGCACGGCACACCAGGCAAGAAGGGGCCCAAGGGCAAGAAGGGGGAGCCGGGCCUCCCGGGCCCUUGCAGCUGCAGCAGUAGCCACGCCAGGUCGGCCUUCUCGGUGGCAGUGACCAAGAGCUACCCGCGGGAGCGGCUGCCCAUCAAGUUUGACAAGAUCCUGAUGAACGAGGGCGGCCACUACAAUGCAUCCAGCGGCAAGUUUGUCUGCAGCGUGCCAGGGAUCUACUACUUCACGUACGACAUCACGCUGGCCAACAAGCACCUGGCCAUCGGCCUGGUGCACAACGGCCAGUACCGCAUCCGGACCUUCGACGCCAACACAGGCAACCACGACGUGGCCUCGGGCUCCACAAUCCUGGCUCUCAAGCAGGAUGACGAGGUCUGGCUGCAAAUCUUCUACUCAGAGCAGAACGGGCUCUUCUAUGACCCUUACUGGACCGACAGCCUCUUCACAGGCUUCCUCAUCUAUGCCGACCAGGACGACCCCAACGAGGUGUAGCCAGGCCAGCACUGGGUCUCCAUGGAGGGAACAAGCUCCUGGACUUGUGCUUACAGACCAAGACCCCCGAACUGUCUGCUGGGGGCUGGCUGUUGGGAGCUUCCACACUCAGGCCUACCUCCUCUGCCCCUGUUUCCCCAUCAUUAAAU